UACCGGGGUGGGGGGAAUGUUGACGGUGUAACACCACCCUCAAGAAGACGACGCCGCUCGCAUCUCUUUAUUGUAAAAUUAGUUUAUUAAUCCCCCGCUCUCCAUUAAAUCAUUUUUAUAUUUUAAUACGCCAUAAAUGAGUCACACAGGAGACCGUGAUGGCGACGGCUGCGGGGACCGGAAGGUGGCGUACGUCCACAGCCCGGAGUACAUCGAGACUUGCGACAGUUUAUCUAAAGUUCCAAACCGGGCGAGUAUGGUGCACUCACUGAUAGAAGCCUACGGACUCCUGAAACACGUGAGCACCAUUAAACCUCAAGUGGCCACCAUAGAGGACAUGGCCAAGUUCCACACAGACUCCUACCUGGAGCAUCUUCACAAGAUCAGCCAGGACGGAGACAACGACGACCCCCAGUCGGUCGACUACGGCCUGGGUUAUGACUGUCCGGUGGUGGAGGGGAUAUACGACUAUGCCGCAGCAGUAGGGGGCGCUACACUGACAGCAGCCCAGUGUCUAGUGGACCAAAAGUGUGAAGUGGCCAUCAACUGGGCAGGAGGAUGGCACCAUGCAAAGAAGGAUGAGGCAUCAGGUUUCUGUUACGUGAACGACGCUGUGUUGGGAAUCCUCAAACUGAGGGAGAAGUACGAGAGAGUCCUCUAUGUGGACGUUGACCUUCACCACGGAGACGGUGUAGAAGACGCCUUCAGCUUCACAUCCAAAGUCAUGACCGUCUCUCUGCACAAGUUCUCCCCUGGAUUCUUCCCAGGUACGGGUGACCUGAGUGACACGGGGCUGGGUAAAGGCCGUUGGUACGCCGUGAAUGUACCGCUGGAGGACGGCAUCAAGGAUGACAGAUACUACCAGAUUUUUACAAGCGUGAUGCAGGAAGUGCGAGCACAGUUCAACCCGGAGGCGAUGGUCAUGCAGCUGGGUGCUGACACUAUGGCGGGUGACCCCAUGUGCUCCUUCAACAUGACCCCAGUGGGGGUGGGCAAGUGUCUGCAGCAUGUCUUGGAGUGGCAGCUACCUACACUGCUGCUGGGAGGAGGAGGCUAUAACCUGGCUAACACGGCCCGUUGUUGGACCUACCUGACGGCGGCAGUGCUCGGAAAGACUCUCUCCUCCGAGAUACCGGACCACGAGUUUUUCACAGAAUACGGACCUGACUACUCGCUGGAGAUCAGCCCGAGCUGUCGACCAGACCGCAACGACACCAAACACCUGGACCAGGUCAUCAGCACCAUCAAAGGGAAUUUAAAGAAUGUGGUUUAGGAGUCUGCAGCCUCCUCCUCCUCCUCCUCCUCCUCCACACACACAAACACACACCAUGUUUCCAAACCAGGUCGAUGCUCGUCGGCUUUAAUGAAGACAAUAUGGAGCGGACCCCAUUUGGCCCCGAGGCUCGGAGCGAACAAGGAAGGGAAUGAAGGCAGAGAGAGAGAGAGAGGGAGGGUUUUUGGAAAAUAUUAGCUGAGUGUUUCCAGGGGAAAACAGUUUAAUAA